AUGGUGGCUGUUUUCCCGUCAACGUUGGAAUGGAAGGAGGCACAUGAACACCAGAAGUACUCACAGUUGGUUGCAAGUGCCCUGGUUGGAAAGCGGAUCGGGCAGCAUCGCCUUUUUCUGAAACCUUGGCAGGCGGAGCUCUUGAUCAAGACGAAGGACGAUGAAGGUGUCAUUUUGCUUCGAGCAUCUACCAUGUUGAAUACGCUAGACGAAGAGCACAACAUUACCAGGGUGUUUGCCACCGACGAAAACGGUCAUGUGAUCCAGGACUUUCCGGCAGACCGUGACGUUGAGACGGUGCAAUACCAAACCGCACAUUGCGACCGAAAUUGCAUGAGUGGCGGCUACAGCUUUAAGGCAGGCACGGCAACUGCCAUCAAACUCACAUUUCAAUCCUCGCAUCGGGUUGUCCGUUUGCAUUGCUGGUCCCAAUGCAAGGCUUUCCCAGAGUGCGGGGAUCCCCACGUCCCAUGCUAUAAUGUGUUUCGCCCAGCUAGUACGCUAAUCAAUGGCGUGGAGGAAGCAUUCGUGUCAGAAACGAGCUUUCAUGAUGCUUGCUCCAUUUGCACGAGGGAUAGUCGAGUUGGAAAAUUCUUGCGACCGAACUUUCUGAGUUCGGUGCUUGCAUUUUGCGGUAUGUACUUAUUUGAUGCCUCCGGAUUCGAGCCUCUCCGGCAGCCCAAUAUCAGCGUAGGAGAAGCAGGAGCUAUUCACUUCCAUGUUGGUCGCGUUGAGAAGAUCAAACCCGAGUUGCAAGAAGGUGCUGGAUGCCGUCUCUUGAAUAUGCCCAUAAGGGGUGCUUCAUGGAAUCCAUUGCCUAACGGUCCCAUCAAUCUUCAUACCGUGGUAGAGAAAAUUGGCAAUGACAAGGUCUUUUUAGUUGUGGAAGGUAUCACGCUAUCUGACAUCAAGACUUUGUCUGUUGAUGCGCUUUUGUCAAAGCAACUUGAAAAUUUCUCAUGCAGGAACAACUUUCAAGUUUGUUUUUGGAGCCCCAAUGAGAUUCAUUCUGUUCUGAACUACAUCGACAAGGCUUGUGGAUAUGACACCGAGGACGCUUCACAUGAAUUGAGUUUGCGAGUCACAUUUCCAAACAUAUUCAACAGUACAGUAAAGGAUGUCCUGGACUACCUGCACGCAGAAUGUGCUGGCAGGGUUGUUCGCCAUACCGGGGCAAGUAUGGGCUAUCAUCUAGCGGAAAGCUCGGCUGGUUACCUUCCUGUGUCGCUAUGUGGAUCUGCUCAGAGCCUUGCUCGGGAUAUACCCAAGAUCGAGAGGGUGCAAAAGUCCAUGCGUCAAGCUGGUCAGUACCACCAUCGAGAUGACUAUGCCGUUCUGAGGGUUAUACGUCCCACCAAGAGUGAGGUUAGUGCUUUGGCAUCAGAGCUGGAAGAGUUUUGCUAUGAAGGAUCGAAACGAGCGAUCUACUCUUCCAUGCACGCUCGUCAACACGGUGACGCUCGAUGGGGAGUGGCUCUUCCCAGGAUCCAAAGGAUCUUGCAAAAGAUGACACAGUCUCCGCUGGAUGCAACUGCAGAAUGGCAGAGUGCAGCAGUACAGACGUUGAACAUUUAUGUCUGA